CCUCUCCUCCUCUCUCCUUCUUCCGAUUUUCUUCUGCUUCCCUUAGCCACAGCCAGUCUUUUAUACCUUCAGGGGAGCAGUAUCUUUCUGCUUCUAUUCCUAAUCCAGAGACAAGAAGUCGUGAAUCGACGUGAGUCAUAGUCACUCAUCUUAGUCUGUCUUAUUCGCUUAUCAGACAUUCCAUUCUUGUGCUCCCAAUCACCUCGACAAUAGACAUAUCCUCCUCAUUUAUUACCUAUACCCCUUUAUCAUCCAGUCAUUAUGUCUGCAGACCAAUUGCUUUGCCAAAUCAGCCAAAAUACGCCUGACGAUGAGUGGUUCGACUUCAACAACUCUUUUGAUAUUCCCUCCGGCUGCCUGGACAGCAAUGCGACCUCAGUCGAUUCAAUCUCGCCGAGAGACCUGGAUUUGGCAUUCCCGGAUUUGGGCGAGUGCAACUGGGGUACCACUCCCACGGCCUGCCCCGACAACCUCUUCUCAGAGUUUGUGAGCUACGACGCCUCAUACGAAGCAUAUCCAGGCCUCGCUUUGGAUAACUCGCACAUAGACCUAACCGCAAAUGAUGCCAUUCAAUCGAUUCCUACCCUAUCAGACCAAGAGCUCGCCCGGAUAGCGUUUGACGAUGCCUGGUCUCAGGAAGCGACCUACCCUGAAGACCCCUUCUAUGUUAGCAUACGACAGAUGGUUGAGGCUCAAGCCCUGGCUGACUCUGGUUGUUCCACUAUCAAAGAGAAGAGAAGAGAUGCCUCCAUCGCUAUUCACUUGCAGCGCUUACAGGAGGCCGCAUCUUCCGAUUCCGUUCCUUCGACUUCCAGCACAACGUUCCCCUCUCCAUGCUGGUCGGGCUCCGCGCAAAACAGCAUUGGUUCGUGUGCAACCCCCGUCACUGGCUCCCCGCCAGACACGAACGAGAAGAGCCAAGUCACGACUGCACAGGCUUCGCCCACCAACGGCGCCAUGGAGCUGGUACUCGACCUGAACAUGAACACCACGACCAAUGUGCCCAAGAAACAGAAGCCAAGGUCGAGGGCUCAGAAGGAGAGCUAUAUCAAAGUUCGUAAAUACGGGGCCUGUGAGAAGCAUCGAAAACAGCAUAAGCGAUGCAAUUGCCUUGAGAAGACGGCUGCUCUUAGCAUUGCGAAUGACUCGUUUGCUUCCUUUACCAAUGCGGUGGCCAAAUCUUCGGCUAUCAACUCUCAAUUAUACGUCCCCGGACGUGGAAAUGAGCGUCACCCCAGCUGGAAGCAUACAAGCACGCCUACACUACAACCAACAGGACUUCAGGGAUCAGUGCAGGAGACUGCACGCUCACGGGUGCAACUACCGCAUGCGCUCUGUUCCUCCAAGGCCAGCGUUCUGGUAACUCAACCAGCACAGCAACUGCGGCCAACUACGCAACAGCCUGCACGCCCUUCGACUACAGGCCAGCUGGAUUCACUCCUCCGUCGUCCCCCACAAUCGACAAUACUACGUCGCCCUGGCGACCAGACCGUUGUGACGAUGAACAGGAAGCACUUCCAGUCGGACGGCGGUGCCAUCCGCACGUCACGGACUCACUGUCAGCUGACGGGCACCCUAUAUGUAGACCAAGAUCUACAGACCCAUACCCAACGAAGCCCGUCGCUCAAGGUUCCCCGUGGAGUCGUUGCCAAUGGCAGCUGCGAUCAAACCCGUCGCAAGACGCAUGUCAACCUACAGUCAGUCGAAUCAGCCUGCGAAACGACUCGCACCCCGCUGCAAAGAAGCAAGCGUGGCACGUCGGAUACCCAGCCGCGCGAAACUCAGCUGCAGACCUUUGCCAGAAAUACUGGCACCUUGGUCUUGCACAAUGUUUCUGCAUUCACACGCUUCUUCGACUUUGGGAAAAUGUUCGCCUCUUGGCUGGGCUCGUCUUUCGGCAAGCUCGCCGUUUCCACGACUCGGAAACAUUGGCUCGCUCGGAAGGAAAUGGGUCUUUGGUGAUUGGAGAAUCGAUCUACCCUCUGCCAAUUUUGUUGUUGUGUUUGCGCGGAAGAUACCAUAUACCCGUUGUUUGCAUCUUGUAUAAUGUUGGAUUGUUGUUUCAGGGCCGGUGACUAGGGGGAUAAGCAGGUUCCAUAAUCUAGAUGGAGUUGAAGAGUAUAAAUGUUUCUGCUACCUG